UUAGUAAAAUUUUGGUUCCCUCUAAAAAAAUUGUUGAUAAAAAAGUGUUAACAAGUAUCGUUUCAAAGAAUAGGGAGAGAUGUUUUUCUUUCUACUCGCAGUUACACUAGCAAGUGUAGCAGCUGUGUAUGACAAUAAUAAUGCCAUUUGUCAGGAAUGGAAAAAAGCUUACACACCGCCAGAACCCACCAAUGCAUGUGUGGCGCCUGGAUCCAAAGGCAAGUGUGAGCAGUGCAUGAAAGAUUCUGACUGCGAGAGUGGUCGUUACUGCAAUGGUGCAUGGAAGAAGUGCAUCAAAAGCGGUGACUCAUGCUAUGGCCCUUAUGCUGGAUGUUCGCAGAGAUGCUCGGAUCAGGAAAACCCAACGCUCUGUCCCUCAUGCAGUCAUGCUGAUUUUCCCAAUAACUGGGUCUCAUGCAACAACGACCCGAACACUUUCCAGUACUACGGGUGGGAUAUGGAUGUUCCCGCCAUAGUCUACUCUAGAGAAGAGACAUCAUCAGGAGCCCUGGCCGAGACUGAUGAUUUUUCCCAGGGUGCCAUCUGCAAUCAUAACCGACUUAGAGCAGCGGGAGGGUUGGCGCCUCUGACUUGGGACCCGUGUUUGGCGGACUUUGCGAGGGAGUAUGCGAAUGAGUUGAAGAACACAAAAAAUUGUUACAUGAGCCAUUCUUCGAGCGCCAGACGAUCUGGUCUCUGUGGCUACUGGCAUGCCGGUGAGAACCUGUACUGGUCCACGGAAGUGAACGACAAAACAGCCCGCAACUCCGGAUGGACCGCUACACAAGCUUGGUGGGACGAGAUAAAAGACUUUGUGUUUGGAUUGACAGCUUUGGGUGAUGCGGGCGACUUCAAGAUGUGUGAAGUGCAUUGGACUGGACAAACGGGCCACUUCACUCAAGUUAUGUGGCCAGACACCACCCAUCUUGGUUGCGAUAGAGCAGAAUGUUCCGGCUCCCACGUAGUUGUGUGCAUCUACGGUGUAAGUGGAAACAUCCUUGGCCAGCCGCCAUUCUCCGUCCAAACACUGGACCAACUGAACCAGAGUCCCGAAGCGGCUGCUUUUGGGAACAUGGCAACGUGCACUGAAGGGGGUCCGGUUAACGACGAAGGAGCAGCGCCUACGAUGGCGCCCACGACGACUACGACAACGACAACGACAACCACUACUUCAGCACCAAGCUCGCCUAGUGGUGGCACGAUGUGUAAGAGCUCUUGGGGAGAUUGUACUUUCCCAAUGGACACCGUAUACUGGGGUGUCGCCCAAGACUGCAAUCACUUCAACCACAUGGGCUAUCAAGGGUUCUGCUUCGUUGGUUUUGAUGAGUCUGGCGCUGGAAAGUUGGGCAAAUGCGACACUUCUGAUCCUAACUGUCCUUUCUGAAACAGCGACGAAGCAAGAAAAACACGAGAUAACUUUGAACGAGCGGAUUAAAAUUGGCCGAAAAAUAUAGCAAAAUAAUUUAAAAGACCAGAAGUAAUCGCUUGGGUGAAGGUAGAAACAACUUACUUCAGCGUUUAUUUUUGCUUUUAUAACUAAGCCAGAGCCAUACAUCCUGUAUCUGAUUUCAAUUCUACUGCAAA